AUGGAUCUCGAGUCGAAAAGAGAUCAUCAGAGUCGGUUCAGCGAGACAUCAUCGAGCCCGCCGGGGACGCCGGCGUCGUGGAUCUCACAGAUACAAUACUGCAAGAGCUCGGAGGCGACGCCGGUCACAGAAUAUUCGUCCUCGAGCUGGGGCGUUGCCAGUCAGAAGCAACCAUCACAGACGUCAACAGCCGAUCUCCGCCACUACCCAGCACAGAACCGGCGGCGGAAGAAUUCACUCUUGUCGUGGUCCCUGUUCCGACCCAAGAGACAGCGGGGUGAGCACCCGACAGCGACAUAUGUAUCUCGCAGAGAGGCCGAGUCUCGCUGGUGGUCAUCGAAUCCGACCGUGGCGAGGAAACCCAAGUUGAGAAUCAGUCCGCCCGUGCCUCUUCGACCGAACUCCUUGCACUUCCCGACCGCGUCUCAUGCAGACCCGUACCCAUCACGCGACGGGUCAGGGUGUCUCUGGAAGGCCGAGCAGCCGUCAAUUUCGAACGCUGGACGAGCCCCUCCUCCAAAUGCACAGUGCAAACAUAACAUCACGCCGCGUUCUUGGGCCGAUCUGGACCCGGACAAGAGAUGUGUAGCAUUUGCUCGAAUCGACCCGGAUGGAUGGAGUAGGGUCAUUCCCAAGAAAUGGGUCGAGGAGCAGUUCAGCAACAGUCCGUCAGACACGGGUCCAGACGACGACAGGAGCGUGUACUGUGAGAGCAAUGGCGAGGGAAGUGCUGGCUGUAAAUUGGCGGGUGGCAUAUCUGUUAUCGAGGAGGACGACGAAGAAGAAGUAGUUGAAGAAAAUGAUGAUGAUGAUGAUGAUGAUCACCACGACGACGAUGACGACGGGCAUAUGACACUGCCGCUCUCUCUGACCGAGACACUUGAGCGACUCACCACGACGAAUGUCCCUUGCGAUGGGAGCGUGAGGGGCGUAAAAGAACCAAAGGGCUUACGGAGCGACUACUCGAGAGCUGGACUCGCUUCUUCAGACCCUGUCCGAUACUGGAUGUCUUCGCUUCGCCCGCUUCCCGAGCUUCCCCUUGCCACUGGGACACGAGACGGCGACGACCAUCAUGACACCAGCGACGAUCCCAAGUCCCGGCGACGCAGACGUCGGAAUCCCGGACCUCGUCGAGGUUUCUCCGAUCCAUUGCCAUGUGACAGGAAGAACACUCCUCCUCCUACUAUUCUCGAGACUGGUGGAGCAGAUGUCGGCCAGGGGAAUGACCGCUGCAAUCGCAAUGAGAAGAAUCCGAAUCUACUGGUACCGCCACCCCUGCGGCUGACACGGCAAAGGACGUGCGCGUCGCCCGCUGCUGCUGCUGCUGCUGCUGCUGCUGAUGCUGAUGACGCUGACGCUGCCGGUGGAGAAGAUGGGAGGAAUAGUGGUCGUGAGGCUUUCUCUCUCCUGACCGAGCAGCAUCCAGAGGCGAACUCGCCCCAGUCUUCCUGGGCGACAAUCUACUGUCCCAGUGUCGGCGGUGCAGCCCAGCCUGAGGAUACACCUUGCCACGGCACCACAUGCACUAUUUCAGUGCCAGGACUAGUGCCAGUGGUCGGACGACCUACAACGAAACCGCCAAAUGAGCAAGACCCCUUAGCAGCGAAUUCGAUUUUCAGAGACAAGGCUCUACCGCCCCUACCAUCCGAUCCCUGUAGCGGUAGCGGUCCCGGUCGCGACGACAUUCAUCACCCCAGCCCCAGCAGCAACGACGGGACUCAUCCGCCGCUACGGAGAUACUACGAAACCCUCCCUCAAAUUAGAAGGGGUCAAGGGCGAAAAGGAAAUGAGAAAGGAAAUGGCACGGACGCAGAUCCCCUCCUCCUGUCGGCAGACAUCGACGAGAUUCUCGACCUGUAUUUGCCCGUCUAUCCAACCGUACCGACGCUCAAGAUGUGGGAAGCCGGUGAACGGACGGAUCGCAGAGGGGAUAGCAGCGGGGACACGAUGGAGAGGAAGAAGACGAAGGCAUCUCGACAAGAUACUUCCCGCGGCCUACCCAUCCGGCCUGCGCAGCCCGUCGCUACACAUGUCGACAGGGGAGAGGGGCUAUAUCCCACGACACCAGCGACGAUGCUGGAGGCGAGAGAGGGAGACGGAGACGGCGAGGGAGAGGCGACCGUGUAUCCCUCUCCCCGUGUCUGUGUCUACGACCCGGCUGAAUUCCCCGAACUUUUACACGGACGGGGCGAGAAGGGUACAUCAGCGUUGGCGGCAGCACGAACACAAACACGAGUGUUGACGGAAGGGCCGGCGGCUGAAGAAAUACCGCCCUCGACCUCGCAGCGACAACGACAACGACCACGACCAGGGGGUAUACCGGCCUCUGUGGACGAGGACGGACAGAUCUGGAUAUAA